UUGUGUACAUCUCUUAAAAGAUUUUCUACUGUUUGGUAUUUCGGAUAUUUCCACGUUUCGAAUUUUCCGUAUGAAUUCUUUUCUUCCUUCUUCGUAUAGUAAGGCAGAGAAAUAUUUUUAAUGGAAAUAUAGAUUAAAAGAAAACGGCAACGCUGUAUGUAUGUACAUAGGCUAUUAAAGACCAACCAAUUACCGAAUCUGGAGAUCAAAGGUUCUGAUUCGAGUUUCACUUCUAGUGUAGUAUCCUGCGCAUGCGUCUCGUCGAAUUAUGGCUGUGCGCAUGACAAAAUUGUGUACAUUCAAAAGAAGUUACAUUUUAGCGGUAUUCAAUUUCUCUGUGCAAAAGUUGUUAAUUUGUGAGUAAACCGAGAUUUUUUGGGCAACAUUACACGGCUGUUGCAUCAUGUUGGCUGUUCACCAGUCAAGACUUUUUUAUCAGAACACUGUUUUAUUACGACAAACAUUUUACACAGGAUAUGCGAAAUUCAUUUCGGAUAAAGCAUUUCAAAAGUUUAAACUACAGCAAGCACAGAUGCAGUGUGAUGAUGGACGUCCAUCAUUUUUAAAACUUGGUUUACGCGAUAAAAUCUUAUAUUGGACAACUCUGGGAUUAACAACAUAUGGUACGGUCAAAGGAUUCCUAAUACUUCGAGAGAUUCACAAGGAUUAGCAUGUUUCUUUCAUGUUACAGCAAAAGAUACAUCACAAUUAGAAAGAGUUUGAACUACAGAAAACUGUAUGUAUUUCAAUAAAAUUUUCAGUUGCAA